AUGCCAAUCUUUGACACCCAUAUUACGUCCCUGGACGGAAAAUCAUGCAAAACGGUGGAAUUCAAUGGAUCGAAGUUAGCUUAUUUUACCACAGUGAGAAGGCCAGACAUGAAUCAGCUAAAGUUGAAGUACUCACAUACACAAGACAAGCGGUUCUACAUGACGUCCACAGGAGAACAUCAGUUACGCCUCAUUCUCAGAGAUGGUGUUUAUAGCAGAAUAAGGACAGAGAGGGUAUUGAAAGGACACCCGGGAGAGCCACUGGCAGAGGAGACAACCUUCGGUUGGGUGGUCCAUGGGGGAGACGAAUAUGAGAGUGGAAGUAGCUGCAUGUACAUUAGAGAGGUUAAUGACUAUAAUAAACUGUAUAGUUUGGAUGUACAGGGAGUCGAGGACCGGGGAGAGAACGGUCAGCUAGAUGUUCUGCGUGACUUUAAAGAGGGUGUUGUCAGAAGGCAUGAUGGAAUGUAUGAGGUUGGUUUUCCUUGGAUACCGGGACCUACAUUAACGAACACAAAUGAAGCACUUAGCAGAAAGCGGCUCAAAAACGUGGAGAGAAAGCUGUCAAGAGAUAAGAAACUGAAAGGAGAGUAUGGCGGCAUUAUUGAAGAGCAACUCAGAGCUGGGGUGAUCGAGGAAGCACCUCAGAUUCCGUCUGGAAAACAUGUAUUCUACAUGCCUCACAAGCCAAUUGUAAAGCAGAGUGCAGUUACAACUAAGAGUGCAAAUGUCCGCAAGUCUGCUCUCCUUGGAGUCAUAGCAAAGGCGUUUUUUCAGAUAGGUCUGAAAGAGGAGGAUAGAGAUGCCGUCAGAUUCUACUUCAACAUCAAAGGAAUAGAGAAACAUUUAAGAUUUACACGUGUACCCUUCGGGGUUGAAGCAAGCCCUUUCCUACUAGGAGCAACUGUGCAGCAUCACUUUGAACAACAAGGGUCCGAAUUUGAAGAGACAGUGAGAGCACUUAAGGAGAACACUUAUGUUGACAAUCUCAUGCAAACCGGAGGAAAUGUAGAGAAACUUGUGUGGUUCAAAGAAGAGAGUACUGCCAUACUUGAGUCUGCCAGGUUUCCAGUGCACAAGUGGGAAUCCAAUGUUAAGGUUCAUGAAAGUGAAGGCAUGCCAAAUCCAAGCAAGAUCCUUGGACAUGUAUGGAAUAAGGAUGAUGACACACUAGAGCUGCUUGCAAAGCCUUUUCCACAAGAACAUCCAGUGACCAAGCACACUAUACUCAGUUACCUGGGAACUGUCUAUGACCCACUUGGGAUAAUCUCGCCCACCAUGGCUAAGGGAAACCAUAUUUACCAAGAAGCCUGCAAUGAGAAGAAAAGCUGGAAUGCAGAGGUUUCCUCCAGAUUGAAGAACCAAUGGUUAAGGUGGACGAAGCAACUCAAAGAUGUAAGGGUGCCUAGAAGUAUUGCUUUAUUUGUCGGAGAGAUAGGUGCAGUCCAUUUACAUUUUUUCGCAGAUGCCAGCAUCCUAGCAUGCUGCGCAGCAGCUGUUGCGGCGGUAAAACAUGAGGCAGGCGUGACCAAAGGACUUCUGACCUCGAAGUCGCGGAUAUCAAAGAGAAGUACAUCGAUAGCAAGACUGGAGCUCAUGAGUGGCCACAUGGCAGUAAACAUGGCGAAGAACCUCAGCAUGGCUAUCCAGUGUUGGCUCAUCUAA